AUAUCAAAAAGCGUUAACAUACGGUCAAUGGAUUUCUCAUGGAGCGUGUUCAGAUGAAUCAGUCUUUGCCGGGCAAGUAUCACCGAGCUGAGGCAUCGUACAAAAGCUGUUCGCAAUCUCUGCCGCUAGACAUAUUAUGGUUGCCGCGCUCGUCGUUCCGUCCUGCGGAAGGCGAACUGGCGGACUGCGUGUUGGUGGUGGGCGUGUCGCGGCCCAAGCUCGCUGCGGCCUUACUUUCUGUCACGCUACUAUCACUAUUCCUGACAUUCCAUGUCUUGUAUGACAGUGCGUUGUAUAGUAUACAGGCAGCGAGUAUGGUAUCAGCGGCACAUGAAAAUCACAACCUUCUUGAAAAUCAACAAAUAAACACGCGCACUAUAAAUCACCCCAUGUCACUGAGGAAACGACUCAAACUUCCGCGACCGCCUCGGCCUGUCCGUAGACUGCCACAGGCUUUGAUAAUCGGCGUACGAAAAUGUGGUACAAGAGCUCUUUUGGAAAUGUUGUACCUACAUCCAAUGGUACAAAAGGCGUCAGGAGAAGUUCACUUCUUUGACAGAGACGAAAACUACGCUCUUGGCCUCGACUGGUACAGAAGUAAAAUGCCUCUUUCGUUCAAGGGCCAAAUAACAAUUGAAAAGAGUCCCAGUUACUUCGUUACACCGGAGGUACCAGAACGAGUGCGUGCGAUGAAUUCUUCGGUACGUUUGCUGUUAAUCGUGCGGGAGCCAGUGACGCGUGCUAUAUCUGAUUACACGCAGCUGAGGAGUCGCGCGACGCCGUCAGCGCCAGCUCAUGCUCUUGUCGCGGGCCACACGCCGCAUCAAGCCCUCGAUGCUGCGAAACCAUUCGAACAUCUCGCUAUAUCACCGGAUGGAUCUAUCAAUGUAGCUUAUAGGCCAAUAGCUAUAUCACUGUACCAUGCUUAUCUGCAUCGAUGGCUCGAGGUGUUUCCCCGCGAACAAAUCCUUGUGGUGAAUGGAGAUCAGCUGAUCGAGGAUCCAGUGCCGCAGUUACGUCGUAUCGAGAAAUUUCUUGGUCUUGAGCAUAAAAUUGGUAGGAAGAAUUUCUACUUCAAUGAAACGAAAGGUUUUUACUGUUUACGUAAUGACACUACUGACAAAUGUCUUAGAGAGACAAAAGGUCGAAAGCAUCCGAGAGUUGACCCAGCGGUUGUCACAAAACUUCGUAAGUUUUUCGUCCAGCACAAUCAAAGGUUUUAUGAUCUUGUCGGUGAAGAUCUCGGAUGGCCUGAAGAUUAA